AUGGCCGACCCCCAAGGGCCCGAGAGCUCCGCGCCCAAGGUCUCCCAGGCCACCCCGCUGAGCAUCCGGGACGGCGCGCAGUCCUGCCUAUGGAGAACGGCCACGGGGAGCCCGGGCAGGUCCCGGGUGGCCGCCUCCAGCUCCCGCGAGUCCUUCCACGGCUUAGGGAUGCUGUCGGCGAGCCGGCGGGGCGCGCUGUGCGAGCAGCUGGGGCUGCGGGGGGAGGCUCCCGCCGGGCAGCAGGCGGCAGAGCGCACCGAGCAGCUCGCAGCGGCGGCGGGCGCGAACGCGAGCAGGCUGUGCAUGGACGCCCGCGAGCACGCGUGGAUGCUGGCGACCGCCGAGGGCCGCUUUGACGUGCUGCAGGAGCUGCUGGAGGCCGAGCCGACGCUGCUGCUGUGGAGCGACCCGAUCACCGGCUACUCGGCGCUGCACUGGCUGGCCAAGCACGGGCGCCACGAAGAGCUCAUCAUGAUGCACGACUUCGCCCGGCUCCACGGGCUUCCGCUCGACGUGAGCACGCCGGGCAGCGGCGGCCUCACGCCCCUCCACCUGGCCACGCAGCAGGGCCACGACAUGGUCAUCAAGGUACUAGUGGGCGCCCUGGGAGCCGACCCCAUGCGUCGCGACUACAGCGGCCGCCGGCCCUACCACUACCUGGCGCCCGACGCGUCCUGGCAGCUGCGGGAGCUGUUGGGGGCUGAGGAGUGGGAAGUGGUGGGCGUCGACCAGCGAACCAACGCCAACAACAACAGCAGCGGAGGCGGGUGGAAUCAGCGCCGGUCCCUGCAUUCAGCAGCCAAGACGGCCAAGGACUCUGAGGGCUCCCGAGCGGUGCACAUCCAGGGCCUUUUACGCCAACUGUUUCCCUUCUUCAGGACCGCUGAGGGCGGUGGGGACUGA